AUGUCUGCUGCGCCGUAUGAAAUCCGCACCAACGACAACGGUCGUUCCCGAAAACAAUCCAUGGCCGAAUUGAAGCUUCGACGGUUGACCGAGUUGAAUCAACGACUGCAAGAGGAUCUGAACCGGAGGAGGAUACCCGUGUCAGAAGCUGCUGUCGACCUUAUUGCCUUCACGGAUCGCGAACCCAGAGACUACAUGAUUCCCAGUCGCUGGGGCACAAUUGACAAGCGCGAAGAUCCAUACGCGCCUCAACCAUCAAAUUCCUGCUGCACGCUCAUGUAA